CUUAGCCGAACGGACUACUGUUGUAUGAAAGGAUUAAGCUUCGAAUAUUUUGAUACAUACAAACACAGCAGAUUAGACCCACGGAAUGAGUGCUUCACUUUGACUUGAGGAGGUUGAUCACUCUGUUUUUGGUUUAGUAUUUUUUUCUUUGCAAUGCUUUACGGUGGCCCACUGGGAACUUAUUUGAGUGGACUUUCAACCAGUUCGGGUACCAGUAGUCAUGGUACCUCGCUUUCCCCAUCCAACACGUACAACUCCAGCUCAACUCCGACCACUUACUUGGGCUCAGGAAUUAGGAGGAGCAAUUCCCGAUAUAGAUCCAGUGGAGUGAGUCCAGGCUCAACGUUGUCUCAAAGUCCAAGCUCGUCGUCCGCCACAACAGGAUUCACAUCACUUUCCAACUAUUACACUCCACAGCUGAGACGAAAGUAUGGUGCUCCAGAGACUGAUCCUCCAAAAUCAUCCGGGCGUUACUCUUCUCGCACACAGCCGCGAACGUCCACGUCGCCUGCUACCUCGUCCACAACCUCACCCACCUCAACCUCCACUGGAUUAUUUCACUAUUCCCGCUGGUCUCCAAGCAAGACCAGUAGUCCCGGCAGUUAUGUGGGUCCAUCCAUUGGAACAAGCGCCUCUUGGAAUGCGGAUUUGAAUACGGUCUCUAGUGGUGGGGGUGGUAGUAGUGCGACAGUGGAUUACAAACGUCUCUACGAGGCGGAGAAAUUAGCAACGGAUGAACUUCGGAACGAGGUUAUGGCGGCACAGAAAGAAACACGUGAGCUGCAAGAACGAAUCGAAACGGCAAAACAAUCACGCUCGAUGAGUGGAGCACACCAGAGGAAAAUCGAGAGAAGGAUCUCUGAAUGUGAAGAAGAACUCAAAACACUCGAGAAGCUCCGCGCUGAGUCGGAAAAACUUCGAGCAGAACAUCGAGCACUCGUACGGGUUGUUGCACGACUGAAUCGUGAAAAGUGAUGAACCCUGUCGGUACGUUGAGCGCCCUUCGGAAAAUACGCUGUCGGGAUACCGACAACCUUCAGGUUCUGCGAAUAACCGGGACAAGAUUUUUGUGGUCCAGUAAAAAAAAGACCGAAACAACCUUUGUUUGUACAUUCAAUUUACGAG